AUGACAGAGGCCAAGCGCCUUGCCGAUGAGGCUAUUCAGAAGAAUGGCACCGAGGGGGGGAGAAAAGAGGAUCAGCUUGAAACCUUGAAGCAAGAGAAUCUUGUUUUGAAGGCAAGGAUGACAGCCAUGGAGCUUUCCCAUGGACAGCUGGUGACUCUGGCGCAGAAUGCCAUGAAAACAGCCUGCGAGAACCGACAAGCACUUAUGGUUUUGCAGCAUGACAUGCUGGGGAAGGCUGCUCGCAAGCAAAAAAAACACAAAAAGAACCAUACCCAUGAUACUGAUGAAGAAGAGGAUGUCAAGGAGCAGAAAUUCCGCCCCAUUCCUGCGAAGGUUGAAGAGCAAGACUCUGACACUCCUGGGGAAGUGAAUGAAGAGAAGAUGGAAAAGCGCAAGGACAGGACCAAGGAUGAGCGCAAGGAGGUUCAUGGGAAUGAUGAGUCCGACCACAAAGAUGGGACCAGCGAUGCAACGGAGCACCAUGCGACCAGCGAGGACGAGCAGAUGCGCCUGAGCCCAACAUCUGACGCCAACAAGACAGAGUACGAGAGCGAUGACGUCAAGAGUGAGCCUACGAUUUUGCCUGAAGCUCAAGGUUGGUUCUACUUUGCUGCUUUUCCAGUUAACCUGAUUGGGGACGUGACUGAUGGCUAUAGCUAUUUGUUUGCACGGAUGGUGGAAAUUUUUUUGGAAAAAGAAGAGCCAGUGAAUUUCACGACAGGAUUCCCAUGCCUGUCUUCAGGGGGCAUGUUCCUUUGCAAAGGAAAUUUUGAAGCUGUGCUGUCUGAUGAAAAAUCCAUCACAGCAUUGUGGUCACUGAGAGGUGCCAGCGGGACGAAGCCAUGUUGCUUUUGCCAGAAUGUGGUGGGACACAUGACCCGAGACAAGGUCGAGGACAAUGCAUGGUUGGUCCACUACAGCUGCUCAUCUCCACGAAGAUUUGCAAAGCACACCUCGUCUACAUUUACAGAAAUGCGUGACAAGCUGGAAAACGUUUCUGGGAACAAGCAAAAUUGCCAGAAGUUGGGGCAGGUGUAUGGGUUGACUUUCAAAAGCACUGGAAUUCUCUGGCAUCCCACACUGCGGGACAAAGUUUGCCCGGUGCGACAGACUGUCUAUGAUUGGAUGCACAUCUUGGUUGCCAGUGGAGGGGUGUGCCAAUACGAAUGCAAUGAGUAUGUCAAAGUACUCAAAGAACAAGGGAUUUUGCCAGGACAGUUGGACGCUUUUGCGACGCAAGUUACUUUUCCAAAAAAACACCAACGGUUGCCCAAGAAGUUCUUUCAGGAACGUGUAAAUUGGGAGGACAAUACAGUUCUAAAAGCAUUUGCUGGUGAAACCCUGCUGGUGGUGGACACGCUGGUCCUCUCCAACCGAAUUGUUUUGGAACCUUUGGGUGUUUUGCAAGAUCACCGAGAAUGCCUUGAACUUGUAGCAAGCAUCUUGGGCAUCUUAUCAGGCGGAACUGCUGCCCAUCAGUUUCAACAUGAAUUGAAACAGAAGAUUGCACGACACAACAAGUUGUUCGACAAGCUUUACAGUGAAUGUGCAAAACCAAAAUUUCAUUGGCUUUUCCAUGUGCCCGAAAACAUUGGGAAGAUUGGUCGCAGUCUUGCUUGUUUCAAUCCAGAAAGGAAACAUCGAUGUGCCAAGACAGUGGCUGCCUUUGUGCGCAACCAGUUCUUGCAAGUGAAUCUGGCCAUGCGUAUUGGAAAUGAGUGCUUGGAAAACUUCAAUGAUCAAAAGAUAUGUCAAGAGACGUUCCUAGAAGGAAAAGGAAGGGAUGCUUCGCAGUGGGACGACAUGUUGGGACAGAAUUUGGGCAAGAAGGCUCGCCUCUACAGUAUGACGGCUGAAUCUGUUGCUCCCAGCUCAGCGUCAGAAGUAGGAGACAAGGUUGGUGAUGCCAUGCUGCAGACAGAAGAAGAAAUUGCUGAGAACCAUUGCUGCACUUGUCGCAAACCUGUGGAUUAUGAGAACAGCUUGGUCAUUGUGCGGGCCAAUGGCAAGAGUCCUGAUAUUCGACGAUGCCGCAGCUGCCAUAAUGUCAGGAGUGCCAUCAAUCGCUUGACCAAGAACCAUGGAUCUUUGGUAAAAGACUUCUCCAAAGUGUCUGGGAGCAAGUUGGAGGCUUUCUACAAGGACCAUGGCCACUUGCGAGGUGAUGACCUCCGUGUGAAGGUUGAGGAAGUUGUGCAAGAUUGGAAGACUUCCACCACACGGAUUGAGUUUAACCAAGAGGCGGAGUACUUGGAUGAAGAUGCGCUCAGGAAAAAAUAUGUGGACAAACCUGAGAUUGCAGAGAACAUCAUUCUCAAUGGGAAGAGGUUCUUCUGCCCCGUCAAGAAGCUGACAUUGUACGCAGACCCUAGCUACAAGUCAAAAGUUCAAGAUGCGAUCGAACAUGGCACCUCUCACAAGCGCAAAGGCCAAGCAGCUUUGAAAGAUGAUGCCCAGUCUGAUGAACCACUGCCCAAAAAGGGAAGGGGCAACAAGGGCAAGGCCAAAGGAAAGGCCGAAGGGAAGGAUGACUCCAAUGAACCAAAGUUGAAAGCUGGUGAGAAAAAGAAAUUGACCAAAAAGAUCGAGGCUGCUGUUGCCAAGUCUGCGGUGCUCAAGGAUCACAUUGAUCGAGCAAACCGCUUUGGUGACAUGAUUCCAAAGUAUGUGUUGGAUGCUGGCCACAAGGUCUUGGGCGAAAUGAUGACCGUCACCCAUAAUGCGGAGGAGAAGUUGGAGUCUGGCACGGGAGCAAUCCAGCCAGUGCUUGAUGACAUUGAGAAACACAUUGAGGUGGUCAAUGAGGCGACUCAGCGCAUCAAGGCACAAAUGGAUUCUGCAGCUGCCUUCAAGUGA